UUCUCUCUUUCACAUUCAAUGAAACCGAAACUAUGUUAAUGAGUUUCACUGUUACAACACGUCGGUGUGAAAUUUCAAUUUGGUUUCAAAGAACAAACAAGAUACUAUCAUGGGUUCAGUUCGUGGAUUUUAUCUUUGCAUACUCUGUAUUGGGAUUUAAAUUAUGUUUUAAGGAAGAGAGACAACACAUUGUUUCAACAAUUGUUAUUGUCUGGUUAAACAUUUUAUGGGCUUCACUAAAUCUUCUUUUGGGUUCACUCUUUAUUAGUGAGAAUAAUGAGAAAAUUUUACCCAACAAGAAGAAAUGUGUUCAAAAGGGUGCAUUUUUUAUCCUUAGAGAGGAAACAAUAUCUUACAGGUUCCAAGAACUGUGGGGCAUAUUUAUUAUUCUUUCCGGCACACCCUAUCUUUUGGGGGAGGUUGUCAUAGGUAGAAAUCAAAAGAGGCUUCCCUCCUGGACAAAGAAAAAUUGGAUUCUGAUCAGAGUACUGUGGUUACAAUUGAAAGAAAGAAUGCAUGCAGCAUCUCAAACUUUCAUCUUAAAUCUCACUCCACAGGUGACCAGGUGCAAGCAGAGAGUAGACCGGUAUAUUGUGCCUAUCCUGAAUUAUGGAUAUUUUGGUCUUUCAUGGAAACUUGAAGUUGGUGCAAGAAGUAUUUUAAAAAGGCAAGACAUUAAAUGCCUCCCUGCUGCUGGUGUAUUAUCAGAUGCCGAAAUUUCUUCCAAUCAGUUUGAAGACUUCUCUGUCUCUGUUGCCGAGACGGAUGAUACCAGAGAACUUAAGAUAAGCGUAGAGGUAUCUGGAAACAAAACUCAAAGGAUAUUUGAUGAUGUCUUUAAGAGAAUGGUUGCUGCUGCUCAACCAAUCCCAGGAUUUCGAAGAGUAAAAGGAGGGAAAACACCAGAUAUACCAAAAAACAUUUUAUUAGAGGUGCUUGGACCUUCCAAAGUUUUCAAGGAAGUCAUCAAGAAGAUAAUCAACUCAACUGUAGCUGAAUAUGUAGAGAAGGAGCGUUUAACAGUUAGCACGGACCUGAGGGUUGAGCAAAGCUUUGAAGAUCUUGAAAGUACUUUUGUAGAAGGGGAAAAAUUCAGCUUUGAUGUUUUACUUAAGCUUAAAAAUUAAAUUGAUUUACAUUUAUUUGUUCAAAUUUCAACUGAGAUUUUGUUCUGUGAGUGUGAUAGUUUUUUAUUACCAAAUAUGAGUUACUAUAAAAUAUUGCCCUAUGAAAAGAAAAUAUAUCUUAAAAA